AGGCAGCAGUUGUUCACCAUUAAUCAGUGUUUGGUCCUGACUCUACUUUCCGUUGAGUAUCAAAGCUCAGAGGCCAAUAGGCAGGAACGUGUGUCCUUACUGAAGCUGACAGCCUGUCAUUCCUACUCCGCUCCGCUAGGUGGCAGCAUGGGCCAUAAAGAGAAAAAAAGCUGGGCUGCUGUUUUUGGGCAUGUUUCAGAUUUAACACUUAUAAACUCUGCGAGCAAUUUUUUUUAUUUUUCGUAUCUCCGCCCGCGUCAUGUCCAGCAUCCAGCUCCUCCGGCUGCUGGUGAACGAGCGGCUCUGCGCGGCCGCGGAUGAGAUCUUCGAGGCGGUGAAGAAAACCAUUUCAGGCUACGAGGAGGAGCUGCUGCUCUCCAAGCAGGAGCUCCACCGGCAGCGGAGGAUGCUGCAGGGGGCGGCCGAGCCUCAGGACCGCAGAGGCCGGCACUCAGAGGAGCUCCAGUUGAGCCUGGCCGUCUGGGACGAGGACUUCACCUCUGAUCAUCAGCAGGUGGAGGAAAAGCCUGAUCUGGCCUCGGACUCCGAGUCAAACCAGAACGCCUCCAGUAUCGGUGGGAGGAGUCAGACUGAGGGGUGUCCGGACCUGCAGGAGAGCAGCAUCAUCCAGGUCAAAUUCCCGCCUCCUUAUCUACGGAGCGGUACCAGUCCAACCGGGUUUAUUGAGGCGGUCGUUAAAGUGGAAGAGGAAGAUCCUCUGCCGAGCACCUCGGCCCAGCAGGAAGAGGCUGGGGAAGACUUUGCAGUUUCCUCUGAAGCUGACAGCGAAGAGGAGUGGAGGUCAAGCUCCCAGUCCAAAAGGCAAAUUAGCACCAAGAAGAAGAAGACAAAGGCAAACAAGAGGGUUCCUCAUCCUCCAGUCGCCCCCAAACUGAACCCCACCAAAAAGAACAAGUCUCCCAUCUGCUGCAAAAUCUGUGGCAGAGCCUUCCUCCUCACCGUGUCUCUGGUGAACCAUGUGCAAGUUCACUCCAAGGACAUCUGCGGCGUGUGCGGGGAACGCUUCGAUGGCGAGGAGAGGUUCGACGCUCACCUGAAAACACACGUCAAGGCGGAGAGCUGCAGCGUCUGCGGGAAGUGCUUCACCAGCUGCAGUGGCUUGGAGAUCCACAUGAGGAUCCACACGGGGGAGAAGCCGUUUGUCUGCAGCGAGUGCGGGAAGCGCUUCACCACCCGGGCCAACAUGGCGCGGCACGUCCGAACCCACACCGGCGAGAGGCCGUACACCUGCACCGUGUGCGGCAGAAGCUUCAACGACUACACCACCAUGAAGCGCCACCUGUUCCUUCACUCUGCCAAGAACAGCCACCUCGGAGAGUCCUCGUGCGAAAACGGCGACGGGAAGAGUCCGUCCUUCAGAGAACCGCGCGCUGUCUGCAAGGUGUGCGGCAUGUCGUUCCACUCUGUGGUGUCCCUGCUGAACCACGGCAAACAGCAUGAGACGGCGCUCUGCGACGUGUGCGGCGAUCACCUCGGCUCCUUGGACAGCUUAGCGGCUCACCUGGACACUCACAAAAACGGGAAGGUGUGCGACGUGUGCGGGAAGUGUUUUGACAGCCAGGGACACCUGGAGAUCCACAUGCGGAUCCACACUGGAGAGAAGCCAUUUGUCUGCACGGAGUGCGGGAAAUCCUUCACCACCCGGCCUCACCUGGUGCGGCAUCAGAGAAUCCAUACCGGGGAGAGGCCCUACACCUGCAGCUUCUGCGGUAAAACCUUCAACGACUACACCACCCACAAGCGGCACCUGCUGAUCCACAUCAAGAAGUCCAGCGUGGAAGGCGCCCCUGUGGGUCCAAGUGACCACAGUGAGACCAGUUCCAAUAAGAAACGCCGGCAGGUGCCCUGCAAGGUUUGCGGGGUGACCUUCUGCUCCAAAAUCUCUCUGGUGAAUCAUGCCAAAAUCCACGCCACGGACCUCUGCGGCGUCUGCGGCAAUCAGUUCGUGUCGAAGGAAAACCUCAAACUUCAUCUGAAAACCCACAUCAGCAAGAGAGUGUGCGACGUGUGCGGGAAGUGCUUCGACUCUCUGUUCCACCUGAAGGUGCACCAGAGGGUCCACACCGGGGAGAAGCCGUUCACCUGCAGCGAGUGCGGCAAGUCAUUCAACUUCCGGCAGAACAUGCUGCGCCACGCCAGGUGCCACACAGAGGAGAAGCCGUACGUGUGCACAGUGUGCGGCCGCGGCUUCAGCGACCGCAGCUUCCUCACGCAGCACCGGAACACGCACACGGGCGAGAAACGACACCGCUGCCAGGUCUGCGGGAACACCUUCAACCGGAAGACCUACGUCAGGCUCCACAUGAAGAAGGUUCACACAGCCGAGAAAUCCCAGAAGAAGAUGGAAGAUUGAGCUUUUUGACUCCCAAAGAUCCGUCUCAACUUCAGAACUGCGAUGGAAACUUUCAUCCAUGUUAACUUCACCCUGUUUUGAUGAAUAACAGAGCGGACCUUAGAAACAUUGAUCGGGUUUGGGUCAUUAUUCUGGGGACUGAGGAGGACCUCCUGUCGUUGGAUGGUCCGGUUCUAUCUUAGGCUGGGCAUACAGUGUACAAUAGGAGAUUGGGCCCGAAAAGGGCGGAAAGUCUUACAGUGUAUUCCCAGCCUUAAAGAUGAUAGAAGGUCCAUAAUCCAUCAUAGGAACGAGUACGUUUAAGUGGUUAGAGCAGGCAUACCCAAAGUCGGUCCUUGCAGGCCGCUGUCCUGCAGGUUUUUGAUGGUUCCCUGCUCUAGCAGAGCUAAUUAAUUUAGCCGUUAAUCAGCAAUCAAAGAAAGCAGGCUGGCUAGAGCAGAGAAACCUCUAAAACCUGCAGGACCGACUUUGGACAUGCCUGGGUCAGAGCAUCAUGAAGGCCUCUUCCAGCAUUAUGAGAAAAAUCAAGCUGCUGACGAUGAUCAGUGAUUAAAGUGCUUUAAACUUGCUGCGGCUCACAGCUAAAUACUUUUAUUUCCUCUUUGUUUUAUUGUUGUUUACUGUAAAAUUUAACUGUGACAUUUGAUCAGAGCAAAAAAGGUUUUUAUUCCAAAAUACGAAUUCUUGGCUAUUUAGCUCCUUCGAUGUGAUCCAUGCUGCCUUUUUUACAGCUGCUCAGCGCUGUGUAAAAAAUAAAUAAAAAAUAAAUAUGUGGCUCCUUGUUAGCUGAAUGUUUCUGCUGAUGGUGUGAAAAGAAAUAAAGGAACCAAAAUAAAAUGA